AUGCUUCCGUUGGAGGAUGUACGCCACGUGGAAGGUGACACAGGGAUCGAGAUGAACGAGUCCGAUCUCUUCAGCUACCAUUCUGCCGGAUCCUUCUCUGAUCUGGAGUCGUUGCUCGAUAACUCUGCCGUCCUCGGGUGGAACGACUUGUUUGGCUCUACGACGAGUCUUCUUAUGCCUGUCAUACAUGACGAAACAUAUCACGAUUCGCUCGAAGUUUUAGCGAAUGUUGCUAGUCACCCACAUGGAUUCAAUGAUGGAGAUCAGUUUCCACGGCAUUCGUUCGAAGCCGAAUCAUCGCUGAGUGGACAAAGUAUGGGUACUUUCGCGGCAGUCACAAGCCCACAACCUCCUCCAUACACACAAACGGAAUUAAAUGGUGCCGAGGUGCUAGAAGAUGCAAAAGUACUUCUGAAGCACUUUCGAGAUGUCGUGAUUUCCCAGUUCGCGCCGCUGCCGAUGCACUCAAAGUCGCCAUGGGAGAUUCUCAAUUGGAGCAAUGCCGUACAUACUCUCGCCGAUAUAACGUUUCUCCAGAGUUCCAAUGUCAAACACGCAAACUUGGCUAACCUUUUCGCCAUUAUCGGUUGCUCUGCACACACCAUUACUAAGACACAGAACUAUCCUGGCGUUCUUUCGUACCAAAGAGGUACCCAGAUCCUGGAUUAUGCCUCACGGCAUGCUAAGAGCCACAUGCAGGAGUCUUUGAAAUCAGAAACAGCUGGUCCGGGAAAGUGCAAGUACAAAGACCAGCUAAUGGCUCUCUUCAGUCUCGUUGCGCUUGCGACGCUGAGCGGCAAUUCGGCCGACGCUAGAUGCUACAUCAUCGAUGCGGAGCGCCUGUUGAGAUUACGAGGACUGGCCAAGCGAGAUGUCUCUCGCAAAGCUCGAUUACUACACCACGUGUAUACCUGGCUCCGGAUCGUUGGUGAAAGCACUUUUAUGUUGCAUGACCUCACCAGCGCCGGUUUUCAGGAAAAGAUAGAAAGGAUGAUACAGAAAAGCACGGCAGUUUCUAGCGUUUCGUCGGCCUCGGAGCAGAACGCAGUGUUGGCAGAUGAACACCCUCAACUCGACGAUUUUCUUCGAGUGGAAACACACGGUCCAGAUAGCGAUCUCCACAUGGGAACAUCAAAAGACCAGGAGGCUGGUCUCCGAGAUAUUCACCUUUCGGAUCCUCGCGAAUGGCCAAAGACACUCUAUAUGGAUAUUUAUGGAAUUCCAGAGGACUGGCUCAGCCUGGUAUCGCAAACGACCAGAGUCGCCAACAUCAUUGACUUUCUCGAGCAAACGACCGAGCAAAUGCCGCGGGCCUUCACAGACUCUCUACAAAGGAAGACGACACGACUAGAGUACAUGAUAUGCUCUUUUUCCGCUAAGCACAGCGUUUUUGAGACUCCCGUGCCGUCAGAUAGCAAUAACGAGAUUACACCCAAUCAUUCGAUUUCCAGUCGAGCGAUGUUGAGAGCAAUGGGCUCAGCGUUAGUGAUAUUCUUCUAUCGGAGGAUUCGCAACGUUCAUCCUUUCAUCCUGCAGUCGCAUGUCAACGACGUCAUCACAGCACUACGGGACUUCGAUAUCGCCCAAGGUCCCACAAACAUGAUGUCUUUAGGUACGCCGUGGCCAGCUUUCAUCGCUGGAUGUGAAGCGCUGCCAACGUCUUCCCGGGAUUGGUUAAUGGGGUGGAUGGAGAAGGGUGCAAGUCGAUCUGCUUGUAAUGGCUUCACUGCCUCACAAAAGGUCAUGCGAGAGGUAUGGGAGCAACGUGACGUCGCGGGGGCCAUACAAAAUCCUGAGAGCGGCAUCUCCAAUAGAGGCAAAGUUUACUCCUGGGUUGAUGUGUUGCGAGAGGGUAAAUUUUGGCUGAUGCUAUACUAG